CCAGAGGAUAGUAUGACCUUCAUGAUUCACGUCUCCUUGAACCGUCCUUGUGACCGGUUUGAGUCCUAGCCGUCACCUUGGGACGCCCUUAAGGACAGCCGAAUCCCGCACACGUGUCCUGCUUGACUGCUGGAGGUCUCACAGCGUGUCACCUUGGCGCCCUGCGUCUAGGAUGCUCGUCUCGUCCUGGGAUUUAAGUACUCGAAUGGGCGCGUCCUUGAGGUCUCCUUAGGAUGUUCUUCUGGAAUUAUUCAAAGGAAUAAUCUGUAAGAGUUUGAGUGCUGUUGCAGCUUGGUGAGCGUGGAAUUGGGAUGGCUGAGUGUAGGCGUCUGUAGUUUAUGCUUAUUGCCAUGCGGCUGGGUCACACGACGACCACCACAGGAACGCAAGCACGCACAGUGAGCGAGCAGCAAUCAGCCGGCCUAAACCCACGGGCGCUGAGCUGAGCGGUCGGCGUGGCUGGCCGUGUGACAAGCACCUCAUGACCCGGGUUGCGUCAGCCUCAUAGACCAAACCACAGCUAAACAACAAUGAGAUUCGUGUGUUGUUGGUGCGCGGGUACCACCUCUUCCUUCUUACUCAGGCUAUUUUGAUAACGUUUUGUGUGGCUUGUAUGGCGAAGAGGUGCAGGCAUCAGUGCUUGCGACUUCAGCAGGAAGUAGAUAUUGUAAUAUAUCUGAUGUGGGGAAAAGGCCGGCACAAUAGCAGAUCCCGUCUACAUUGCGCUGAUCACACGGUCACAUCGCCGCCUCCUAACCCGUCGCAAUGUCCGCCAAUCUACUUUCCGCCACCUGAUCCCCGGUCCUCGUCAGCCCACCUUCCCCUGCUGAUCCGUCGGGCCUGCUCUCCUCAUCUCGGGCGGCGAGGACAAAAAACGGGCGAAACAGACACCUACGGGGACAGAUCCGCCUUCGGGCCAAAGAGGUCACGAUGGCAUUCCGCGCCCGCCAUCACCGACGCGGUCCGGCUCAUAUUUCCGUGUUGGGCAGCCGUGUAUAGCCGGUCUCCUCUUUUAGAUGACGCCCUGGAUUUAACGGACCCAAAGCCACGGUGGGAAGAUCAUCAUCCCUAAGCUAUCCCUUUGUCCCGUCAGCGUCACGAAAUCCGAAGGAGUUAGUAACGUGAGGACGAAUUCAAACUCACCGGCACCCGGAUUUAGGGAGCGCAGACGGACCUGGCUAACGGGAGCGGCCAACCCUUCCGCUUGCCAAAUCCACUUCCUCUAUGUGAUCAAGGAAAACAUGAAAUAAAUGGUUA